AUGCUCACACGGGUCAAGUCCGCCGUGGCCGGGUUCAUGGGUGGAAUCAUGGCCGGUGGCAGCUCCGGUGCAGGGGGCAACCCCGGCUCGGAGCUUCCGCUGAAAUUCCCAUAUAUGAGACCCGAGUUCCUUGGACUGUCUCCGGAUGAGAUCGAGUGCUCCGCGGACCACAUAGCCCGGCCCAUCCUCAUCCUGAAGGAAACCAGAAGAUUACCUUGGGCCACCGGAUACGCUGAGGUGAUUAAUGCUGGUAAGAGUGCGCUGAAUGAGGACCAGGCAUGCUGUGAGGUGGUAGUGGCGAGAAGGAGGCCAAUGAGCUACUGCCCCCCCUCCACGCCCAGCAAGACGCCCACCGCCAAGAGACGCAACUCCCUGCCCAACGGAGAGGGCCUGGGGCUCCGCAUGGAGCACAGCAAGCUGGGGGAGGACAGUGAGGGACUGGUAUUCCACUACUGGGCCUUGUUCGACGGCCAUGCCGGUUCAGGUGCGGCAGUUGUCGCUUCCCGCCUGCUGCAGCACCACAUCGCCUGUCAGCUCCAGGCCGUCAUCGAGAUCCUGCGUAACCUGGCCUCCCUGCCCCCCACCAUCAUGGGGGAGGAGCCCGACAACAACCCCUACCUCCAGGGAAACACCCCAGGCCCUCACCGCGCCCUGACUCGAGCCGCCUCACUGCGGGGUGCCACGGGCGCGCCGGGUUCCCCGUGCAGCACCCCGCCUCCCCCUCGCUUCUUCACCGAGAAGAAGAUCCAGCACGAGAGCCUGGUGAUAGGAGCCAUAGAGAACGCCUUCAAAGAGAUGGAUGCCCAGAUUGAGCGGGAGAAGCACGGCUAUAGCAUCACAGGAGGAUGUACCGCUCUCACCGUGGUGUACCUGCUUGGAAAACUAUAUGUUGGGAAUGCAGGUGACAGCAGGGCUAUCAUUAUUAGAAACAAUGAGAUCAUUCCCAUGUCGACAGAGUUCACACCAGAGUCAGAACGGCAGCGACUCCAGUUCCUGGGUUUCAUGCAGCCUCACCUGUUAGGAAACGAGUUCACGCACCUGGAAUUUCCCAGGAGAGUUCAGAGGAAGGAGGUGGGCAAGAGGAUGCUCUACAGAGACUUCACCAUGAACGGGUGGGCCUAUAAGACAAUUGAGGAUGAAGAUCUCAAGUUUCCACUAAUAUAUGGUGAAGGGAAAAAGGCUCGGGUGUUGGCAACCAUUGGUGUGACCCGCGGGCUCGGUGACCACGACCUCAAAGUUCACGACUCCAACAUCUACAUCAAGCCGUUCCUUUCCUGUUGCCCCGAGGUGAAGGUGUAUAACCUGACGCAGUAUGAGCACGGGGCUGAUGAUGUUCUGGUGAUGGGAACCGACGGCCUGUGGGACGUCCUCUCCAACCAGGAAGUAGCUGAAGCCGUCACCACCUUCCUAGCCAACUGUGACCCUGAUGACCUCCACAGGUAUACGAUGGCAGCACAGGACCUGGUGAUGCGAGCGCGCGGCGUGCUGAGGGACAGAGGCUGGAGGAUUACCAACGAGCGCCUGGGCUCUGGAGAUGACAUCUCGGUCUUCAUCAUACCGCUUAUGUACGGCAACCGUCAGCCCUGAGGAUGAGCCCAGGAGGACCAGAAGGGCCUGUUCGGCUCUUAAACCAACAGGAUUAAUCCUGAACUCAGAAUCCCCCUUUCAGUUCCCCCGGUGCCGUUUGCACAAUUGUUUUCUUACUUGGACGAAGGUCAAGUAGAACAUUUAGAUGGUAUUUCAUGUCUCUGUGGAUGUUCAGGAUCGGUCUGCCACCAAAUGUGGUUGCUCGGGGGAACUGCAGUCAAUGAUGAACAAUCUUUAAUGUUCAACAGGAUGAUGGAGGUUGACUGGUCCUGAACUUCUGUAGACAUGUGAAAGCUGAAAUGGUUGAAUGCUCUUCCAAAGUGAAGAAAAGACCUCUUUAUUUCCUCUCCUUCCCUCUCUUGCAGUGCUGUAAACUUGGCUCCCCUCUCUUUUAUUUCCCUUUGCUUCCCUUAUACUGUACAGUCAACUUGUUUAUAAAAAAAAAAAUACCUCCUUCAUCUCAUGACCGUGGACCAAGCUGACAGGUCAGCUGCGUUUUCUGUUUCGCCACAGUGUGGCUUUGAAGGAUUCACUCGUUGAAGAACUGCUUACAGAUUACAGACUGAUUGUAGCACUGAGAUUUUGGCUGGAACCUGCAUUGCUGUUCAUCAUUUCGGGAGGCUUUUGGUCAGUAAGAGCCCAGAGUGGCUGAAAUCUUAUGUCACAUGAAACAUUGAGGGGUAUAAUUUACAUGUUUCAUGAAUCAGUUCUUACUGUCAAGUGGGAAAUCUGAGCCUCUCUGCAUCAAUUGCAGAGAUGUAGUUUGACAAAAAGGUUUCUGAACAAAUUUUGAUGUGGUUAAUCCAAACUUGCUCCAUCAUUCAACACCUGUACAAGCAAGAAAAACGUUCACUGUGUCAAGUCAUUUAAUCUGAUGUCGAGUUUUAAGAUGUAAACAUUGGAAAUUAGUCUUUAAUUUAAGUACAUGGUUCCAGUAGCUGUUGGACUUCAGCGGAUUUGGUUGUUUGCAGUUAGUGAACCAAAUCAUUAAAGCGGCAGGUCGUAAAAACCAAAACAAUAAGCCAAAAAGCUCCAUGCAGCUGAGGGAAAGUGCAAAGUCAGAUCAUUUUCUGGAGGUGUCAGAGCUACUUUGCUGAAAAUGGAGAUGAGAGCGGUGAGAGUGAACUGAAACAAUAAAAUUGUGGGGACAUAAAACCAAAACAAAGAGCUAAAAGGCGCUAAAAUGGUGUGCUAGCUUCUCUGUGCAUUUGUCACUAUGAGUGAACCCUAUCACAUUAUACAUUGCCAUUUGAUUGAUUGUUUAUAUAAAUAUAUUGAUUAGUGCAGCUUUAAGGUAAUAUAAUAUACAUGCUAACUAACUACAUUGAGAAAAGUAGAAGCAGUGAAAUUCAAAAAUAUCAAAAAAUAUCCUUAAAACUUAUAUAAAUUCCUCUAUGAAAAAAACAAAACUAACACCCAACACUGGAUUAAAUGACUUGGACAUCAGUGUAGAUGCACUUUAGGCUGACCCACACCAUUCACCGAGGAGAUGAUCUAUGGAAGGUUGAAAAGGCAAGUAUUCCCUGCAGCAGGGAGGAGAAUUAAAUUCAUAACUUUGAAAAAAAAAAUCAUGAAAUACAAUCAAAGUUGAGCUGAACCAACAUUUCACAGAGAAAAAAAAGCUAAGCUUUCUUUUGCUUUAACAUGUUUUGCAUGUUUUACAAGCUGAAGAUGCUUGACCCGCAGAUUUGGGAAUAACGACGUACCGUGUUUGGAUGUAGUUAUUAACUGUGUGUCGGUGCAUGCAGUGACAUAUUGUAGGCCUGGGAACAUGAGUGAUGGUGCAAUGUUUUACACUGCUGUUUGUUUUUUUUUAUAUGGACUGAAUUUGUGUUUCUGUAACGUAUUGAAGAAUUAGUGACAAUGUUAUUUGUUUGUAAACGUGCAGAAACCAUGCAUACAUAUAUUUGAGGUUGUUUUUCCUUUAGAAUUAUUAGACAUUUAGUGGAAGAGCUAUAGGAUAAAGAUUCAUCAUGAAGGAAGGGAAUGAAACAAAAAAACAUUUGUCAUCUUUUUGAGUUCAGUCACCGGAUUUCAGACAGAAAAGUGACCGUCGAGACUUCCAUAAUGACCUCAGAAAGUGAUGUGCAUGUGUGUGUUUACACCCCUUCCCUACAUUAUUAUUCUGUAUUCAUACAGGCUGCGCUGCCCAGCAAGCUGCUUUGAGUUAAGAUGAAGGAGAUGAGAGGUAGAGUCAAUUCAGAGAGUCAGUAAAAAAAGUUCAUUUUAGAAAAAAAGUUUGAUUCCAAGUUGAGGAAAUAUUUCUGUCAGAACAAUUGGCAGCAUGAAAUUAAACACAAACUGUGUGUUUUAUAGAAGCUGUUAAAGUGGAUAUGUAGAGUUUUGGAGUAGCACUGGUUUACUUUAAUGUAAAACUUGACUUACGAAGCGGGAAUACGUCUCCUUGUUUCAUAAAACAAGCGAUUGACUGAAUCCAAAGAUGCUCAUGUGGAAACUGUGCAGUGCCAGGAUGAGGAAGCCAUUGUUAGAUCACAUAUGUAUGUGCCAUUGUGUUGCAUGGCUAUUUAUCUUCUCUUUUUUUCUUCUUUUUUUUCUGCAGUCGACAAUUCUCUAUCUAUCUACAUUCCACCAAGCAGCAGUCAUUUACAUUUACCUGAAGAUCGUAUGUGCAUUUUUUCCUCCUAUACAUUCCAUGAAAGAAAUGUUUAAUCUAGUACAUGUCGUUAUUAUGUACCUGUUGUUGCUGUUUUUCCAUCAAAUAAGCUAUUUGGCAGUUACCAAGUUAGUUAUCUAUUUAUUGAAAGCCUGUUUUUUUUUAUUUCUCUGAUUUUAUUUGUGGAUCUUUUUAAGUUCAAACUGUCCUGACACCACCCGAGCUUUGUCUUAGCAAUUGUCACAGUUCAAUAUUUCAAACAGCCAGACUUUACAGUAGAGAGUGAUGUUUUGAACUGUCAACACAUUAAGUCUGAAUAUACGUUGAAUGUUCAUCCUUCUGUCAUUAAGCCUUUUUCUCUUAGAUGAAUGUCAAAGAAUGACUAUAUAAUUUAUUUUUCUCAUCCUAUUGUGCCACCCAACUGCUGCACAUCAACUCAGGUUCAAUUAUGAGGUGUAGGGAAACGUGGACAAGUCCUCUAAGGUGGUUUUAUUAGUUCCACUACAUUUGUAAAUACAUGGGAGAGACCAGUGUGUUCGGGAAGCUCUUAGAUUUGAAAGUUUACUUUGUCCCUUCAGCUUUACAGCUCCAGGCUGUGGGUUUCCCUUUCUGAAGUUGCUGUAUUGUGAAAUAGUCACUACUGCUGUUGUUUUUUUUUCUACUUAGUUAAUUGGGUUCAUCAUGGGACAAUGAGAAGAGGUUUUUUCUGUAGCAAGAGGAAGUUUGAAGCCUAUUGGGUAAACGUUUUAAGUGACCAUUGUGCUCCCUCUCAACCUCUCCGUUUGUGAAUGUGAAAUGUACAUUUUGUAUAACAGAAAGAGAACUUAAUGAAAUCAAAAAGAAAUAUUUUUAAUGUUUCCUUGUGCAACUCUGACUUUGGGGAAAAAAGGCAAUGUUUACCUUCAGUGUUUCUUUUCCAGAAAUGAAAAAAAAAAACGACAAUAAAUGUUAAAGAUCAAUGUAAGAAAUGUACAGUUUUAUGUCAUUAAAAAC